GCCCGGGACGGCGGGGUCGGGUCGAGCGUCCGCCCGGGGGCGGAAGGGCGCUGCCCGGAGGCGGAGCGCGAGGCCGCGGCGGCGCGGAGUCCUAGGCCCCCGGGCCUCCACCGCCCCAGGGCUUCGGGGCCCGCGCGCGGCCGCGGCUGCGGAGCGGGAGGCCGCAGGCCUCAGAACCGCACACGCCCUGCUCCGCCGCCUCCGGGCAGCCCCACCCGCGGCUCCCGACUGCUCGCUCUGUAACACGGAAGGGCCGAGGGACCGGCGCCCGCAGCCCGGAGGCCCGGUGAUCUUCGGAGGGGCCUCCUGCUGCCCGCGCAGGGCCGUGCGCUGGGGAAAUGGGACGGUCCUGAGCUGCUGGCUCUUCGCCGAGAGCUCUUGCUGCCGCUUAUCGUACAUUUCUUGGUUCCCCACAAAUUUGCUGAACUGCCAGCACAGAUGCCUCCCUCAGGCAUUUUAUCCAGUGAAGAACCCUCUUCACUGCAGAACUUGGGAGUUUGUGAAUUCCUCAUAGUGGAGGAAGGUCGUGGGGAAAUUAGGUUUGGGACUCGUGUACGUCAGACCUUCCCUGACCUGGUUUCCAUGCUGCAAGGAUGGAUGAUCUAACAAGGAAGGUUACUGGUUCUUUUCCCUCUGGUGGGAGAGGAGCGUUUCUUUUUUUUCCAAGAAAUUUCCAAGAAAAUUUGGAAUCCUCAGUGUACGGUUAAGGUGCAUAUUGCAGUUACAGCUUGGCUAACCAGCUCCCUGUGGUAUGGGCAGGGUGGGGACCUUGCUUGCACAGAGCAUUUUUCUCGGUCAAUUCAGUGUUUCUGGCCCGUAGAGACUACUGAGCAUGUUCUCGCAAGCUUGAGACAGCCCCGACUUGAAACUGCUGGGCAUAAUAAACAAGUGGUUAGCAUGUAUUUGGGGUGCCCCUUUUGAAUGUGAGUGUUUGUCAAUGAGUUAACCAAUAUUCAGGUUGUGCUGAAGAUUAGCUUGCUUGUUUUUUAAAAACAGUCAUUUUUUGCACCACUGGCAACACCAUAAACCACAUUGAGCUUUUAUUUAUCACUACUUCAGAAAAAUGAAGAUGCUGAAUUUACCUGAAUUUUGGACCUCUACCGAAGAUUUGUUUUGUCUUUUAAAAACUUUCUGGUGUAGUGAAGAUUGGAAGUUAUUUUGCACACCAUGACAUUGAAAUAGUAAUAAACAGGGUUUGAAACUGUUGUCACGUCUCUUACCUUUUGAAUUAUGCUUCAGAUGGGAAACUCUUGUCUAGUGAUGUGACUCAUUACAUGAUUCCGGAUUGGAAAGUUGUUCAAGAUUACCUUGAGAUCCUUGAGUUUCCUGAAUUGAAGGGAAUUAUUUUCAUGCAAACGGCUUGUCAAACUGUGCAGCAUCAAAGAGGCCGGAGAUACUUGAGAGACUGUGCGCCAGAAGCUGCACUGACAUUGAGGGUACAGUGGUGAACAAAAGAGGACACUGACUUGGGGAGCCAGGCAGUCAUCAGAUCAUCACACAGAGGGAAAUUACCAGUGUGGUUGGCGCACGGAGGGAACAGACAGUAUAACAAAUUGCGAAACCUCCUGAAGGAUGCGCGUCAUGACUGCAUUCUCUUUGCUAAUGAAUUCCAGCAGUGCUGCUAUCGCCCUCGGGAGGGGGGAGAAUCCAUGGAAAAGUGGCAGACCAGGAGCAUAUACAGUGCAGCUGUUUGGUACUAUCACCACUGCCAGGAUAAGAUGCCAAUCGUUAUGGUGACAGAAGAUGAAGAGGCAAUUCAGCAGUAUGGAAGUGAGACAGAAGGAGUAUUUGUGAUCUCUUUUAAGAAUUACCUGGACAAUUUUUGGCCUGAUUUAAAGGCUGCCCAUGAGCUUUGUGAGUCCAUCCUUCAAUCUCGACGGGAAAGAGAGAACGAGAGUCAGGAGAGCCACGGAAAGGAGUACCCAGAACAUCUCCCCCUGGAAGUCUUGGAAGCCGGCAUUAAAUCCGGACGCUACACCCAGGGAACUCUGAGCGUCAACAAACACAGAGCACAAAUAGAAGCCUUUGUUCGACUUCAAGGAGCCAGCAGUAAAGAUUCAGGCUUAGUCAGUGACAUCCUAAUCCACGGGAUGAAGGCUCGGAACCGCUCCAUCCAUGGGGACGUGGUGGCUGUGGAACUGCUCCCUAAAAACGAAUGGAAAGGAAGAACCGCCGCCCUGUGUGAAAACGACAGUGAUGACAAGGUGUCGGGAGAGUCCCCGAGUGAGCCCAUACCCACAGGCAGAGUGGUGGGCAUCCUUCAGAAGAACUGGCGGGAUUAUGUGGUGACAUUUCCAUCCAGAGAAGAGGUCCAAUCCCAGGGAAAAAAUGCUCAGAAAAUCCUAGUUACCCCUUGGGAUUACAGAAUUCCCAAAAUCCGAAUCAGCACUCAGCAAGCAGAAGCCCUCCAGGACUUCAGGGUGGUUGUGCGCAUCGAUUCCUGGGAGUCGACAUCUGUGUAUCCAAAUGGACAUUUUGUGCGCGUUUUAGGAAGAAUAGGAGAUCUGGAAGGGGAAAUUGCAACCAUCCUCGUGGAAAACAGCAUUUCAGUCAUCCCUUUCUCCGAAGCUCAGAUGUGUGAGAUGCCAGUAAACACACCAGAGUGUCCCUGGAAGGUGAGUCCUGAAGAGGAACGAGAUCGUAAAGACUUGAGGAAAACCCAUCUGGUAUUCAGCAUUGACCCCGAAGGAUGUGAAGAUGUGGAUGACACACUCUCAGUCAGAACCUUAAAUAAUGGCAACCUGGAACUUGGGGUCCACAUUGCAGAUGUAACACACUUUGUGGCGCCAGAUUCGUACAUUGAUAUUGAAGCUAGAACAAGGGCCACCACUUAUUACUUAGCAGAUCGUCGCUAUGACAUGCUACCCUCCGUCCUCAGCGCUGAUUUGUGCUCCCUCCUGGGGGGCGUUGAUAGGUAUGCUGUAAGUGUCAUGUGGGAAUUGGAUAAAACCUCCUAUGAAAUCAAGAAAGUGUGGUAUGGCAGAACCAUUGUUCAGUCAGCAUACAAGCUGUGCUAUGAAGCAGCCCAGGAAUUACUGGAUGGAAACUUCAGCAUCGUUGAUGAUAUUCCAGAAUUCAGAGACUUGGGUGAGAAAAGCAGACAAGCCAAGCUAGAGGAGUUGGUGUGGGCAAUUGGAAAGUUGACCGACAUAGCACGCCACGUCCGCGCUAAACGAGACCGGUGCGGCGCCCUGGAGCUGGAAGGAGUAGAGGUCCGUGUGCAGCUGGAUGAGCAGAAGAACAUCCAUGACCUCAUCCCCAAGCAGCCUCUGGAAGUCCAUGAGACGGUGGCCGAGUGCAUGAUCCUGGCCAACCACUGGGUGGCCAAGAAGAUCUGGGAGAGCCUCCCCCAUCAGGCUUUGCUGCGCCGACACCCUCCUCCACACCAGGAGUUUUUUUCUGAACUGCGAGAAUGUGCUAAAGCAAAAGGCUUCUUUAUAGAUACACGGUCCAAUAAAACUCUGGCUGAUUCUCUGGAUAAUGCGAAUGACCCCAACGAUCCCAUUGUGAACAGGUUGCUUAGAUCUAUGGCUACGCAGGCCAUGUCUAAUGCACUGUAUUUCUCCACUGGAUCGUUCACAGAGGAAGAAUUCCAUCAUUACGGUCUUGCAUUAGAUAAAUAUACUCACUUUACUUCUCCAAUAAGAAGAUAUUCAGAUAUUAUAGUACACCGGUUGCUAAUGGCAGCUAUUUCAAAAGAUAAGAAAAUGGAAAUUAAGGAAGGUUUGCUCAGCAACAAAGACCUUGAGGAAUUAUGCAGACACAUCAACAACAGAAACCGAGCAGCACAGAAUUCCCAGAAGCAGUCUACUGAGCUCUUCCAGUGCAUGUACUUUAAAGACAAAGACCCAGAAACUGAGGAGCGUUGCAUAUCUGAUGGGGUUAUUUAUUCCAUUAGGACAAAUGGUGUGCUCGUAUUUAUACCAAGGUUUGGGAUUAAAGGUGCUGCUUAUCUAAAAAAUAAAGAUGGUCUGGUGAUCUCAUGUGGCCCAGAUAGCUGUUCUGAAUGGAAAUCAGGAUCCCUUCAACGAUUUCAAAACAAAAUCACCUCUACCACAACAGGAGGGGAAUCUGUUACAUUCCAUUUGUUUGAUCACGUAACAGUGAGAAUAUCUGUACAGGCCUCACGUUGUCACUCUGAUACAAUCAGGCUUGAGAUAAUAAGAAACAAACCAUACAUGACGCCAGAUACAGACCUUUUUCGUCAGAGUUCCCUCUUGCUAAAGAAUGACUUAGUGAAAGAAGUGACGAGAUCUGUGGAGGAGGCUCAGCUUGCCCAAGAAGUCAAAGUAAACGUCAUUCAGGAAGACGACCAAAAAUACUGCCAAACAAAGGGAAGAAGCCUUUAUACUCUUCUAGAGGAAAUAAGGGACCUGGCUCUCCUAGAUGUCUCAAACAGUUAUGGAGUGUGA